AUGACGUCGUCCUCGUCCUCGUCCUCGUCCACGCCCUCUUCAUCCGUCAGAUCCUCGCCCAGCACCUACUUUGGCAGCUUUGCAGGCCGACAACGAGCACCUACCAACGACGAUGGUUCUGCCACCCUCUCCCCCGUUUCACCUCUGUCGACCCACAAUAUCCGUCGCCAACCGUCAGCAAUCGACCUGGCCCUCGAAGCAGAACGAUACGCCGACGAAGUUGAAAUCAUAGGACUGGGGCUAUUGGAGCCCAGACCCAGAGCGAACACCACCGCUUCAACAACGUCCUCCACCCAGUGCUCGAUGAUGGAAUUUAUGAAUGAGACCAUGCAAACGCCGGUGGUGCUGGACGGCAUAUUCGAGGUCAUGGAACGCGCAUGA